GGCGUGACAUGAUCAACAAAAAACAUGGAUACUCACAGCACGAAGUUGACUCCAACAUUGGAAUCAUUUCCAGUAGAUGACAUGCAUAAUGUCAUCGGCAUGACAAUCACUUCAAUGACUGAAAACCGGGAAACAUUCGGAGUUCGCGAUGCUGACAAAAUACGAAAACAAUCGUGUUCUGACGCCCCGCCACUGUCGGACGUUGUUUGUCAAUCUUCCAUGACCGCGCUAUCAUUUUCUAUUCCUGUCAGAGAAGUAAAUGCGAAAGCCAAUCCCGGAUUGUUUCCUAAUGACAAAACGCGCCUUCCUGGUGUCGCAGGAAUAUGUCUAACUAACGUUCAAUGCAAUAUUAGUGAUACUUUCAAAAGAACGCCUCGUCGCUGUAACAGCAAAAUGAAGAGUAAUAAAACACACUCACGAGAUAAAAGUCACGGCAGUUUCUCCAAAGUUCCCGAAAAGUGCACGGUCAAAAUAUCUGCCCAGCAGAGCAAACAGAAUCUGCCUCCACCAACAACAGGAUUCAAUGAUGUUGGACAAAUGUCAAUAGCGUCAUCAAGCAUUGACCAGCUAAAGGCACUGACGUCAACUAUCGACUCGUGCGCGGAGAAUAAAGCAAUUUGGAAAGGAAAGGUAGAAAAUUAUAAUGACCGUACUCUGCAAGCUAAAAGCACAGCACUAGAGAAUAUUGUCGAUAUGGAUGUCAGAAAUCAAAUUUCUCCAGGACGUGAAACACGUUUUAGUGUAAUAAAAGAAAGAAAGCUAUUCUACGAACACAGCUACAAUACGGAGAACGGAAAUAGAAAAAUUAAAACAAAUUUUCAUAAUAGGUCUGGUGGAGGUUUUCGACGCCCUGGGGUAUUUCAGUCUAACACGCUUUCAAGUCCCGAGUCAGUUGAUUCCGGAUUUAGUGACCACGGUGAAGGCAUGUGGAGCGGUAGCACCUCCAUUAGAUCAGCUGCUUCAUACCACGGACAAGUAAAUGAUUCUUUACAGCAACCACAUAUGUUCAAUCCUUCACAACAGUUUUUCGAUACGGAACAUCAGCCAAAUUGUGGGGAAACAAACUAUGAGGAUUACGAUGCAUUUUCGUCGAUGGUGGGAUAUCAAUAUGAUCCAUCUUUUUAUUGUUCAAAUCUCGACAAUAAUAAUAACAACUUCAAUCAAAGCUAUGAAUCGAAAGCUUCGUCUGUUUCUCUUUCCAAUAACUCUCACCACAUGAAUACGCCAGAACAAUUCAAUGAAAGCGUACCAAAUUUGUAUUACCCAUCAUACCACCCAACUUACGAAGAGGAGGAACAUUGCGAAGCCGAGUACUUCACGCCAGUCUCUCUUAAACAUACUGAUGACUACAACGUAUCAACACUGCAAACAUCAUCUGGUGUAAACUGCAAUCAAAGUAAUAUGUCUAAUGAGCAACAAAAUCGGACUUUCGUUGAAAUUGGAGCGUGUAACUCUCAGUCUACGAUUACUUCCGCAAAUGUCAGACAAAAUAGUUAUCAGUCAUCCCAGGACCAAACAAGAACUUCUCCAUCGUCGUCUGUGAUUAGACAUUAUAUUCCGUAUAUGUUGAAUCCCAGCAAUACGAAUACUGGCCAACUCCAAAAUAUCACCGAGAAAGAAAUUCAAUAUGUUACGAGUGAUUUUAAUCGAAAAGGGCAUGAUAGCUUCGAGAAAGAAUUAUACAUAUCAUCAGAAGGUAGAAAACUCAGAGAAACAACGAAACUUGUGCCUUGCGCAGCGCAUACCGUUCUAUCACGUGUAGCGGCAAACGAUAUGUUGCCUCGGGAACCGUUUUUCGACCCAAUGCCUAAAGAAAACUUUAAUAGAAAUAAUUCUUUUCCGUCUCUAUCAAUGACACCCGAAGGGCCACAGUAUAUUUCAAGCGAUAGUAUGCCACCUCUUUCUCCUAGUCCCGCCACGAUUUUUCGGAGGCACAGCGUUGGUAAUUAUCAGUAUUCUACCGAAUGUUUUACACAUCCGCAUAACGAUACAAAAUCUCCAAUCAGGAUCCCACAACGUCACCCAUAUGACAAAAUAUCAAUCCCUUCUUCAAAAGUAUCUCGAGCUCACCUAACACCCCAUAUUAACACAGUUCAGGCUCAAGUGAACCCAAUAAUACCAAUACAGGACUUGACUGGAUAUACAGGUAAUGGACCGAUUCAAUUAUGGCAGUUUCUCCUAGAGCUACUCUGUGAUCCAGCGUGUAAAAACUUAAUUAUGUGGACAGGUGAAAAAUGGCAAUUUAAGAUGAUCGAUCCUGACGAAGUAGCAAAAGGUUGGGGGAUUCGUAAAAACAAGCCGAAAAUGACAUAUGAAAAAUUGUCUCGAGGAAUACGAUAUUAUUAUGACAAAGGAAUAAUAAUGAAAUGUCCAGGAAGGAGAUAUGUCUACAAAUUCGUGAACGAUCUGGAAAACGUUCUCGGCCAUAGUCCAACUCAACUACACAAAAUGUUGGGAAUCACAACCAUGGAUGAUGAGAAAAUGAAAGAGCGCGAAAACAAUGAAAUUAUAUUACAACGUUUCACUGAAGAUAAUCAAGUAAAGCCAACAAGAACAGAGGCUUCCGCCGCUUGUUCGUCCGCCAACGAAGAUAUAAUAAAAAAUGGUUGUAAUCAAGAAACAUUGGAUUUUCUCGCUACAACAGCGAUCACAACAAAUUCGUCUGCUGGAAGAGGCGUUCCUGUUAUAGCUUCUGUUACCAACCCCCCAAUGACCAAUGGUGCUUUUAAUGAGCAGAGAAAAGCGUCUUUUUCUGAGAACUUUGAGUCAGAAAACAUUAUUUCUGCAGAUACGCCUGAGAAACCUGCAUCAACAUGUUGUGUCGAUUCCGAAGAAAAAAGUCUGAACCAGACAAAUUCUACAGGAUGUGGUAACUCUUGGACAUCUCAGCACGACUCAAGCACAAUCGACACUGAUAACUCUCGUAGCAGUGCCAGUACAUCUACGUCUUCUUCAUUGAUAAUUGCUUAGAUAGUUUAGACUUUUUUUUCGAAUAGUUUCAAUACAUCGACAGUGCCUAUGGCAGACUUGCCUUUUUCUGAUAAUUUUGAAUUGUUGGCGUUGGGAAAAUAUCUGAAUAAUCACAAAAAUUAAAAACUUGGCAUUAAAAUUUCAUCAUGUUUCAACUAUAGUUCCCGAGAUUUGCAGGCAUUUUUCAAAUGGUGUUAUUUUUCGUUGACGUUUUAGAGAGACUUUUGCACUUUCAUAAUCGUAUUCACACUCACUCUGAACAUGGCUCAUGACAAACAUCAACUCGUAGAACGAAAUUUCACUGUUUGGUAUUGCUUGUUCAAUGUAUUACAUCCUAGCUGACGUAUGCUAUCAUGAAAUCCAGCAUAAUCACAUCCAACGCUGUAACUUUCCAGCUGUGUGAUGCGUCACCAUUGUUUGUAGUGCGAUGGUGUGUAGCCAAUUAGACCUGGAACAAUAUUGGAUACUAGCUAGAUACAGUUUAAUAAAAACUAUAUUGUUUUGGACUAUUAUCGACAUAAAAAUUGUGAUCUCAGAGUUAUCAAAUGUUUUAGGCCUACGCACACGAGGGAGAAAUCACUCACGGAGCGCUAAUAAACUUAUAAAAAGCUCGUUAAGGGAGAAUUGCAAUAGAACAACUAAUUCACUUCGUGAAAUGUGACAAACAUUUAUUUGUCAUUCGUCGAAUUCUGAUGAGCACAACUGACAGAUGGACACAAUCACACUGCCCAGCAGAGUUGUGAUAAUUGUGUUUUCUAAUCUUGCAUUUACCAUUUGUGGGUAACUAUGGCCAUUACUAUGUAACUAUGUAAUUAUCCCAACAAGCUCAUAUAUCUCAUUAAAUUUUGAAAUUAAUAUUUUGAUAAUAAUAGAUAGAUCGUGUCGCAAGCCAAUAUAGUUAGACUCAACGCUCUAACGGUUAACCGAUAAGCCAUCAUUGCCAACUUUGCCAAAAUUUCAAUAAAAGACUGAUAUUUCUGAUUGAUAAGACUUAUAUUUCAACUGUGAAAUAUAAAAUAGGUUUUAGAUUAAUUAAGAGCUUAACUCUAAAUAUGAGGAAAAAAUUUAAACUAUUCGUUCUGGCUCUUCGUCGGAUUCAGCAACUGCUGAUCAAGCUUUGUAUACUCUGCUACACCUGCGACGACUGAAAGCAUGUGUGGAAGUAUUUUGAAAAUAUUAAAAAACUUAUGAUUGAAACUUUUUAGGAUUGUGUACCACUUGCUGCUUGUCGUUUUGCAAUAUACAAGUGGUGGAAUCAUGCUCAAUUUUCUUGAAUUAGUGGGAUUUCAUCAAGUUUUAAUUCUACAAUUUUUUUCCUUUCUGCAGGCCUUAGAUUUCCUCAUAUCACAAAUGUUGAAUUUUCAUCGAAAUCGAACUUUCCCCUAAAUAUAUUAUUGCUGCAUUGAAAAAUGAUCUACCGUCGUCAGUUUUGCAAGUUACCACGUAAUCUGUAUUUGUAAGAGGUUGAUGUGUAUUAUAUCCAAUGAA